ACUUCAUGGGUUUCUAUUGACUACUCUCGCUCAGUGUAAGCCAGGUGUGUGAACCUGUCAGAGGUAGCCGUGCUGCUUCUGGUCAGUUUCUAGUUCAUUGUAGAACAUUUAACCUUAUUUAUUGUUAUAUAUUUAUUUAGGGUUAUAGUUUUGUUUUGUGAAGACGAAAAGUGAGAAUAGAGUUUUCAUAAAUGGAUUAAUGGUAUUUUGUGAUUCUACAAUGAAGACAACACGCUUUAACUGAGAGAGCGCUGAGACAGCAGUGUUACAACCUCAGGUCUACUCAAACGGAAAUACGAUUUCUCUCAGCAAUGAACUUCAGGUGGCGACAGACAAGGUUGCUGGUAAGCUGAGUUCUACUCUCUCAUGGGUGAAGAACUCGGUGUCCCACACGGUCAGUCAGAUGGCUAGCCAGGUGGCCACGCCCACGUCCCUGCAGACCACUGCCACCUCCUCCUCGACAUCUCUGUCCUCGCCUGCCCUCUCACCGUCCUCGCCAGCGCAGCUCAGCCCUGACGAUGUGGAGCUGCUCGCUAAGCUCGAGGAGCAGAACAGGCUGCUAGAGACGGACAGCAAGUCGCUGCGCUCCAUGAACGGCUCCAGGCGAAACAGCGGCUCCUCCCUGGUGUCCAGCUCCUCCGCCUCCUCCAACCUCUCCCACCUGGAGGAGGACUCGUGGAUCCUGUGGGGACGAAUCGUCAAUGAGUGGGAGGAGGUGCGCAAGAAGAAGGAGAAGCAGCUAAAGGAUCUUGUCAGAAAAGGGGUCCCUCACCACUUUCGGGCAAUAGUGUGGCAGCUGUUGUGCAACGCCCAGAAUAUGCCCAUCAAGGAUCAGUACUCCGAACUCCUGAAGAUGACGUCGCCCUGCGAGAAGCUGAUUCGCAGGGACAUCGCACGGACUUACCCCGAACACGAAUUCUUCAAGGAGAAAGACAGCUUGGGCCAGGAAGUGCUCUUCAACGUCAUGAAGGCAUAUUCUCUGGUUGACCGUGAGGUUGGCUAUUGUCAAGGGAGUGCCUUCAUUGUAGGACUGCUGCUCAUGCAGAUGCCAGAAGAAGAGGCUUUCUGUGUGUUUGUGAAAUUGAUGCAAGACUACAGAUUACGAGAGCUCUUCAAACCCAGUAUGGCCGAGCUGGGACUCUGCAUGUACCAGUUCGAGUGUAUGAUCCAGGAGCAACUCCCCGAGCUGCACAUGCAUUUCCAGGCUCAGAGCUUUCACACCUCCAUGUAUGCCUCCUCCUGGUUCCUCACCAUCUUCCUCACCUCCUUCCCUCUGCCCGUCGCUACAAGGAUCUUUGACAUCUUCAUGUGUGAGGGUCUGGAAAUAGUGUUCCGAGUAGGACUGGCCAUCCUGCAGAUGAACCAGACUGAACUCAUCCAGCUUGACAUGGAGGGAAUGUUACAGCACUUUCAGAAGGUCAUCCCGCACCAGCUCGACAGUGGACCGGAUAAGGUCAUCCAGGCUGCUUAUCAAGUUAAAUACAACGCCAAGAAGAUGAAAAAGUUGGAGAAAGAAUACACUACAAUCAAAACUAAAGAGAUGGAGGAGCAGGUGGAGAUAAAGAGGCUGCGGACAGAGAACAGGCUCCUGAAGCAGAGGAUAGACACGUUAGAAAAAGAAAGUGCUUCCUUGGCAGAUAGAUUGAUCCAGGGACAAGUGACUCGAGCUCAGGAGGCGGAGGAGAACUACCUGGUCAAGCGGGAGCUGGCCACGGUCAAACAGCAGAGCGAGGAGGCCAGUGCUCAGCUGGAGCAAGCCAAGAAAACCAUCAGGCAGCUCCAGCAGCAGCAGCAGCCACACGCGAAGGGGGCCCCUCGGUACUCUGAGGAGUCCGUCCUGCAGCUGGAGAGAGAGCUGGUGCAGGCCCGGCUGAAGGAGGCAGAGUCUCAGUGUGCCCUGAAGGAGAUGCAAGACAAGAUCCUGGAUAUGGAGAAGAGGAACACGUCGCUACCAGAUGACACCAAUGUAGCGCGUCUCCAAGAGGAGCUAAUAGGUGUGAAGCUGAGAGAGGCGGAGGCUCUGACCGGCCUGAAAGAGCUGAGGCAGCAAGUCAGAGACCUGGAGGAUCACUGGCAGCGUCACAUGGCGCGCACCGCUGGCCGCUGGAAGGACAGCCCCAGGAAGAAUACGCUGAGCGAGCUGCAGGACGAGCUGAUGAGCGUGAGGCUGCGGGAGGCAGAGGCCCAGGCAGAGCUGCGAGAGACGAGGCAGAGGAUGCUGGAGAUGGAGACGCAGAAUCAGAUUCACAGUAACCAGCUGCGGCGGGCGGAGCAGGAGAGUCGCUGUCUCCAGGAGUGCGUGCAAACACUGACGGCGCAAAAUAAAGACCUGCAUGUGCAACUUCAAGAGAUCAAGCGGAGACAAGCUGAGAUUGAAUGCAAGAGUAAGGAAGAGGUGAUGGCAGUGAGGCUGAGGGAAGCUGACAACAUUGCUGCUAUGGCUGAGCUCCAGCAACAGAUCUCAGAGCUUGAGAUUCAGAAAGAAGAAGGAAAGGUCCAAGGCCAGCUGAACCACACAGACUCGAGCCAGUGCAUUCGAGACCUCAGAGACCAGAUAGCAGAGCUAAAACAUGAGAUUUGCUGCUUGAAAGGACAGAAGGGCUUGACCAGUCAGCCCACUUUUGAUGGGAUCCACAUCAUCAAUCACUAUGUGGGGGAUGACGGGUCUUACCAGUCUUCAGAUGAAGAUGGAGUCAAGGGCCCCACCCUCCAGGACUCCCAGCAGAGGAGCGGGGGCCGCAUCAGACUGCAGCCCAACCUCCACGACACCGACAGUGAGGAGGAGGAGGAGGAGGACGACGAAGAGGCCUUGCGACUCUCCGUACCUCAGAGCGGCAGCCACAAGUCCACCACCGUGUGACCAGCUGGCUGCCAGAGGCCGCACUGAUGAAGAGGAGGCACUUCAGGGGACAAGUCCGGACCUGGAGUUCUGAAUGUCAGAAAGGAAAUGCAUCAUCAUUUCAUAUCAUGAGAAUCACACUCAAGGAUUUAGUUUAUUCCGUUUGUUUGUGGUGUUUUGCAGCAAACGCCGGCCUGCCUGAGCACCGCUGGCAGAAGCACAGUUAAAUAAUGUGGAGCGUAUCAAACUCUCCUGGGCCACGAUGAGCAGUGAGGGAGGGGGGGGGGGUCCGUCUGUCACCCCUCUGAUCCCCUCCUGCAGGUACAACACAGAGAAAGAGACUGUGCAAUAAAACCUUUUAUGCUAUAUUACACACUUCAUCCAAUGUGUUUUUAUAUUUUUAAGCAUUUUAUAAAUGAACAUCGAAAUUGUACUAAUGCCGUUACUACUAAGUGUCCAUCACGCAGAGGCAAGUGUGUGUGCGUGCGUGUGUGUGUGUGUGUGCGUGCGUGUGUGUGUCAGCGGCUGGUAUCAAAGCCUCAGCCAGCGUUGAAUUCUUGGCCUUAACACAUGCCGCAUGCCUUCCACCAGGGCUGGUGUACCACAAGGUCAAUGUGACAUCUGCAUACCUGUAGAUAUGUAAAUGUGUAUUAUGUUGCUUUUUUUCUUUUUCUUUCCUUUUGAACUUGAAAAUAUGUAUCUAUUGCAUAUCUGAUGUUUAGAAUAUAUUGUACAAUUGAGAAAAAGGGACAUAUAAGUUAGUUUAAUACGAUAACACAAAUGACAAAUCCUGUUUUUGAGAGAUGAAAUUCUGUAAAGAGCAAAAGAAUAACUGAUCCUUCAGCUCACUGCUUUCAGAGCCGUCAGCGCAAUGCAUUAAUAAGCACAGACGAGGGGACGGGUUUGUUUGUAGCUACUGUUGCUGUUGUUCUCUGAACCUCGUCCUGAAUUUACUUUCAAGAUGAGGCCCCUGCAGAAAGUCGACUCGGCACUAAGUACAGUACGUUUGCUGAUGAGUCAAACAGUCACGUCUUAUCAUAUGUUCUGUAUAACACAAUUUUGCACGGAAAUGGAUGACGGUCCGAGGGAACUCUAAACUGGGAGAUAAAGCUGAGAUACACUUUAUAACACAAUCUGGAGAGGACCCAGGAGCUGUCAGGUGUUACCAAAGUAAGCACAAAACUGUGUGUGGUGCUCAUCCGCAGGCCACUUCCACUCCAUUUCACAAGCAAGGACCUGGAUGUGUUGGACUUUGAGUCUGUGACUGUCUGUAUUGAACACUAACUCCUGUAUUGAGUGGAAGGCGACGUGGAAGUGAACGCGGUCAUAUCCGGGAAGCAGAAAAGAUCCUGACUUUGAAAUGUCCCUCUGAUGAAUGAGAUGCUGGGAGAGGAACACGUUCUGGCACUUUUUGAGUCUGCGGUGACUGACAGCAUCAUGCAGUAAGGACACACAUGGCAACACUAUGGAGCAGUCAGCACGCUCUGGAGGCUAAAUGAGAUUGUUGUGUGUGAUGAGUUCACAAUAAAAUGUUUGCGAAA